AUGGCUGCGGCUGCGCCGGAAGAGAGGCGGUGGCGGCGGGAGCCGGAGGAGGAGGAGGCGGCGGCGGGCUGGGCGUGGAGCUGGGGUGCGGGCACGGACGGGCAGCUGGGGAACGGCGGAUUCGACGACCACAGCCGCUGCUUCUCCCCACUCGAUGCCGCGGCCGUGUCUCUUUCGUCGCUGGUGGCGGCGCCCACGCUAUUGCCCUCACAAGUGAUGGUGAAGUAUUUACUUGGGGCAGAGUUCUUAUUUUCAGAUUCUGGGCAACUCUUCAUGUGUGGAGAUGGCUCAUUUGGACAACUUGGCACUGGUGAUAACCUCUCAAGGAACUUUCCUUUUGAAGUGGCAUACUUUAAUGCAAGGCAUAUUGAGAAGCUUGCUUUUGGUAUGCGCCAUUCUCUUGUACUACUGAAAGACAAUUCAGUGUAUGGAUUUGGCUCCGCAAGACGAGGACAAGUUGGUAAAUGUGUUUCUAGGAACCAAAAAACAUAUAAUGUUCCUAGACUGAUUGAUGGUUUUCCAAAUUGUAAGAUAGUAAAUAUAUAUGCCAAUGGUGAUCACAGUGCUGCAUUGGACGAAUCUGGUCAUCUGUACUUCUGGGGAAGAGCAUUAAUUGGAGAAGAUGAUGAUGACCAACCACGGAGAAUUUUACCCUCUUCAAGUGUUUCUCAAGUGGCACUAGGAUGGCACCAUGCAUUAGUUUUAUCUGCUGGAGAAUUGUACACACUUGGUGUUUACCGCCACCAGAAAUGUGAUCCCCCUGGGUUAGGAAAUGUAUCGGGGCAGCAAUCGAACACAAGGGCAACAAGCAGUUCUCGUGAUAGUUCAUCUUCUUUGUCAAUGCUGGAGACGGUUCCAUUUAUUGAUGGAGAACAGGUGGUGCAAAUAGCAAGUGGAACUGAGCAUUCUGCUUUGGUAACAGAUAAAGGAACAGUCUUCACCUGGGGCUGGGGAGAGCAUGGACAACUUGGUUUGGGCGACACUUCGGAUCAUGUGGCUCCUCAGAGAGUAGAUACAGACAAAACGAUAUUCCUGGAUGCCACCUUCAAAAAGGUCAAGCUGAUGAGCGCUGGCCUUGCGAGUGAAGACAACACGGCUGGUGGCAGCAACAGCACCUUUCUUCAGAAGAAUCCGGCCAUACACAACUCUGGUAGACGCUAA